AUGGCGGCGGAUGACAAGUGGUCAUCAGUGGAUGACGACUAUGGAGGCCGAUGGUUAUCAUCAGUUUGUCCAUUCAACAUAAUUUAUCGUUCCACACGUUAUAGCUUUCUUCGAGUCAUGCGAAAUAUCAUAUUCUCUCCAUUUUAUAAGGUGUUAAUGGUGGACUUUUUCAUGGCAGAUCAAUUAACUAGUCAGAUCCCGCUGCUCCGGUACUUGGAAUUCACAUCGUGCUAUUUUAUAGCAGUGGGGUUCAAAAUCCACCCGUACGACACCUGCACCAACAGCAAAAGCUACAAGCUCCUGGCAUAUAUAAUUUCCUUCCUCCCUUACUACUACCGUGCUAUGCAGUGUGCGAGAAGGUACAUGGAGGAAGGCUACGAUCCCAAUCACUUGGCUAAUGCGGGCAAGUAUAUAUCUGCAAUGUUGGCUGCUGCUGCUCGAUGGAAGUAUGCAUUAGACCCGACUCCAAUGUGGCUUGCAAUCGUGGUCAUCACCUCAACACUUGCCACUUUCUACCAGCUUUAUUGGGACUUUGUUAAGGAUUGGGGACUUCUCAACCUCCACUCCAAAAACCUAUUUCUUAGAGACGAACUUGUUCUCAGACACAAGUGCAUCUAUUACUUUUCCCUGGCUUUAAACUUCGUGCUACGACUUGCAUGGGUAGAAACAGUGCUACGACUAAAUAUGGGCUUCCUGGAAAAUCGUCUUGUUGACUUCACUCUGGCAUCCCUUGAAAUUAUUCGACGGGGACACUGGAACUUCUACAGGUUGGAGAACGAGCACUUGAACAAUGUUGGCAAGUUUAGAGCAGUGAAGGUGGUUCCUCUUCCUUUCCGUGACAUGGAAUAGUGCGGCAUGGACGCUUAAUAAUUUGUUGAAUGGGGUUAAAUAAAACGUAAUGUUAUUCAUUAGUGGUAGCUUGCUCAUUCAUCAAGAUUACUUUUUAUUUGGGUUAAUCGUUUAAAAGCAAAACACACAAGUUGUUUGACUUGGAGUUUGCAAAAGCUUCUUUUCAAGUCAUGCCAAAUUUUCCAAUAAGAUAGUUUAGUUCUUAACGGAAUGGGGGGAGAAUACUUGAAGGGAAAACAAAAAAGCGAAAGGCUUAAUGUGCCUUUAGAAACAUUUGGGUGGUUGGUAGCAUAAUUGUAUAAUCUUUUGUUCAUUAUUAUUCAACUUUCCUUUUGAAUAAGAUCAUUAUAUUAGAAUAUCAAUGAUUGUAAGGAAAGUGUUUUGCCGAAGUAUUUUGUAAUCAAAGUUAAUUUGUAACUUUUUUUUUUCUGCAUAGGACUC